CCCUCCUCCCUCCUCCCUCUCUCGCACACACACCCCCGCUUGGGCCUCCUCUCUCUCUCUCUCUCUCCGGCUCCAUUUUCUCCGCCGCCGGGGGCCGGGGUCUCCUGUGGGGGCCCAGCCGGUACCCCAGGCCUCCCUUCAGUGCCGGGGUGAACCCCCGGGGAGCUGGGAGCCGGGGAGACGGGCGGGGGUUGGGGCGGAGGGAGCAGCGGCCCCGGCGAGUUUGGGGGGGAAGUAACCAGGCGGGGGGAGGGGCGGAGCAGGGAGGGGGCCUCAGGGCCCCCCCCCAGCUAUGGACGAGCGGCUGCUGGGGCCGCCCCCUCCAGGCGGGGGCCGCGGGGGCCUGGCAUUGGUGGGUGGGGAGCCUGGGGGCCCUGGCGAGCCUCCCGGUGGCGGAGACCCCGGUGGGGGUAGCGGGGGGGUCCCGGGAGGCCGAGGGAAGCAAGACAUCGGGGACAUUCUGCAGCAGAUAAUGACCAUCACCGACCAGAGCCUGGACGAGGCCCAGGCCAAGAAACACGCCCUAAACUGCCACCGAAUGAAACCUGCUCUCUUUAGCGUCCUGUGUGAAAUCAAGGAGAAAACCGGCCUCAGCAUCCGAAGCUCCCAAGAGGAGGAGCCGGUGGACCCACAGCUGAUGCGCUUGGACAACAUGCUUCUGGCAGAGGGUGUGGCUGGGCCCGAGAAAGGGGGGGGCUCAGCAGCAGCCGCUGCAGCCGCUGCGGCCUCUGGGGGCGGCGUGUCCCCUGACAACUCCAUCGAACACUCGGACUAUCGCAGCAAACUUGCCCAGAUCCGCCACAUCUACCACUCAGAGCUGGAGAAGUAUGAGCAGGCAUGUAAUGAGUUCACGACCCAUGUCAUGAACCUGCUGCGGGAGCAGAGCCGCACGCGGCCCGUGGCACCCAAGGAGAUGGAGCGCAUGGUCAGCAUCAUCCACCGCAAGUUCAGCGCCAUCCAGAUGCAGCUUAAGCAGAGCACCUGUGAAGCCGUCAUGAUCCUGCGUUCCCGCUUCCUGGAUGCCAGACGGAAACGCCGUAACUUCAGCAAACAGGCCACUGAAGUCCUCAACGAGUACUUCUACUCACACCUGAGCAACCCAUACCCUAGCGAGGAGGCCAAGGAGGAGCUGGCCAAGAAGUGCGGCAUCACCGUCUCUCAGGUCUCCAACUGGUUUGGCAACAAGCGGAUUCGCUAUAAGAAAAAUAUUGGGAAGUUCCAAGAGGAGGCAAACAUAUAUGCUGUCAAGACCGCCGUGUCAGUCACCCAGGGUGGCCACAGCCGCACCAGCUCCCCGACACCCCCUUCCUCUGCAGGUUCUGGCGGCUCCUUCAAUCUCUCAGGAUCCGGAGACAUGUUUCUGGGGAUGCCCGGGCUCAAUGGAGAUUCCUAUUCUGCUUCCCAGGUGGAAUCACUCCGACACUCGAUGGGGCCUGGGGGCUACGGGGAUAACCUCGGGGGAGGCCAGAUGUACAGCCCUCGGGAAAUGAGGGCAAAUGGCGGCUGGCAGGAGGCCGUGACCCCAUCCUCAGUGACAUCCCCAACGGAGGGACCAGGGAGUGUUCACUCCGACACCUCCAACUGAUCUCGCCCCUCAGGGUCACGGGGUGGGGCUGUCACCAGGCGACUCGGGAAGAGGACGUGGGCAUCCGGAGGACAAACCCCAAACACAGGAGAAGCACAAGACAGAGAAGGGCAGAUGGGGUUGUCCCCUCCCAACAAGACUGAGUGCUGGGGGUGCUGACCACGAGGCAGGGAGAAUGGGGCCCCUGAUGGGAAAGUGGGGUCUCCCCGAUUUCUCCUCUUCUCUUUUUUUCUCUCCCUCUUUCAUACACAGAAACCUAUUUUUCAGACCCCUUUUUCUCCUUCCUCCCACCUUUCUCUCUCUCUCUCAUACACCCACAUUCAACUAUUCUGUUUCUCUGAGCCACACCUCCCUCGCCCCACUUUCCCUUUUUCCCCACCCCACUUAUAUGCUCUGGAAUCUGUGGAGACGCCAGCCCUGCCCAACCAGAGAUGCCAAAAAUGGGGACACGACUGGACAGAGGACAUGGGCCACGCCCCCCGUGCAUCCCCACCCUGCCCCUCCAGACGGCUUUAUUACCUCAUACGCAGCUCAUCUUAAACCAAUAGAAUCGCUCGGUGGAAGAGUGUCUGACUCAGAUAUCUACCUCGGAGGGAGUUUCUGCUACUUUAGGGAAUUCUUGACUGGGCUUUGGGGUUGGACUUUUUUUUUUUUUUUUUAAGGAAAGAAUAAGAAGCCCUGGGAUCCAUCUGUAAUUUUUUUUUGUUUCUGAUAUUUUGGUUUGUUGGUGUUGUUGGUUCUUAAUUUUUAAUUUAGUUUGGGGAAGUAGGUUUUUUAUAUAUAUAAAGAUAUAUUCCUUUUUUUAAUUUUAUUUCUCACUUUCCUAUAUUAGGGGUGAUAGCAGCCAAAGGGGUUCUGGUAAGAGAAAAGGGAACAAGCAGAAUUGGUGAAAGGGCCCCCCGUGCCAGGCCUGGCCAUCCAGAAGGGAGUUUUGCAGGGCACUGCAGUGCUGCGUGCUGGUGCAAGCGGGUCGCUGGUGCUUCCGGUUUGAGGCACUGAGGUGUGGGCCCUGCUGUCCUCCUUACCUCCUUCCCACAACCCCUGGGCAGGUCUGGACUCAGUGAUUUUGAGGCAUUUGAAGAUGCCACCUUCCCUUAGAUGCAUCUUUAAUUAAAAAAAAAAAAAAACUAUUUGCAAAUUGGAGGUGAACGAAUCUGGGAGGGGGUUAUUACCAAAUAUGUUAGAUAUGGGUUGGGGUGCUUAUAUGUGUAUCUCCCUCAGUUUCCCCAGAAAUGUAUCUUUUUUGUUUCUCAUGCCAAAAUCAAGGGGGUGGGGAGAGGAGGGAGGUUGCAAAAAGCCAGGUAUGGGGGGGAAGUAGAAUCAGCACUGUCCCGUCCUUGGCCCUGAACCCUACCACGUGAUCCCCUCAGACAUCCUCAGGAUUUGACAAAACUGUCAGUGGGAACGUCUCCCGUCAAGGAACUGGGCAGAACUGUGGGGCAGGCUGGGAGUGUGAUGGGUGGGGGUGGGAAGCACGGGCCGGGGGCAGUUCUCUCCUCACUUGUAAACUUGUAGUUUCACAGAAAAAAAGACAAAAAAGCCACGCAAUUUUAAAUAAAGAAAUUUCUUUUUUCCCUGGG